AUGCGAACUAAGAGGUAUAAUGUGGGCGAUAUGUCUUCAUCCCCACAUUACCGUUUUUUAGGGUUGGUAAAUAACAAAGUCCAGUGCAUUCUUCACGACCGUGGAAUCAACCCCUUCGAUAAAAGCGAAAAUAGCAUCGCUCGUCUAUUGAAAAAAAUGCAAAGAGACAGAGAAAAACCGAAAGACUUGUGGAGAUACACUUAUGGUCUAGACUCAAACAAGACGUUUUUCCCCGGAAAUGAGCCGAAAGAAUUCAAGAAAUACGUUCGUGCCACUACUCCAGGCACUAGGUGGUGUGGCGAUGUGGACAGAGAGGGUGCCUUAACCUACGACGAUUUAGUGCUAUUCCUGCGAACCGACAACUGUUGUAAAGCACAUGAAUCCUGCCAUUUGGUUAUAGAAGGCAAGGAGAAGAAACACAAAUUGAUAAAUGAGGGAUUAUUACGACGGUAUCACUGCGAAUGCGAAAAACAAUUCCGCGAGUGUUUGAAAAAAGCCCAAAGUAACAUUGCAAAUAAAAUCGGCUUCACAUAUUUCACCCUGUUUGGACCCCAAUGCUUCAGGGAGGAUUUUCCCAAAACUAACUGCACUAAAACGAUCAUGGGCAGGUGUGCCGCUUAUGCGUACGAGAGGGAAAAAGGCAAAAAAUACCAGUGGUUUGAUAUUGCGACGUAUCACUGA